AUGACCACCCCAGCCCUGCUGCCCCUCUCUGGACGAAGGAUCCCGCCUUUGAACUUGGGGCCUCCCCCCUUUCCUCAUCACCGGGCCACCUUGAGACUCUCGGAGAAGUUUAUCCUCCUGCUCAUCCUAAGUGCCUUCAUCACCCUGUGUUUUGGGGCAUUCUUCUUCCUCCCCGACUCUUCCAAACACAAACGCUUCGAUCUGGGCCUGGAAGAUGUGUUGAUCCCGCACAUCGAUGCCAGCAAAGGGGGCAAGAGCCCUGGCGCCUUCUGGAUCCAUGGGCCAGACGAACACAGACACAGGGAAGAAGAAGAAUAUUUGAGAAAUAAAAUUCGAGCUGAUCAUGAGAAGGCUCUGGAAGAAGCAAAAGAAAAAUUAAAAAAGUCAAGAGAGGAAAUCCAAGCAGAAAUUCAGACAGAAAAAAAUAAGGUAGCUCAAGAAAUGAAGAAAAAAGAGAAAAAGCCACUGCCUCCAAUCCUUAUACCAAACCUCAUAGGAAUAAAAGGCGGAGAUCCAGAAGAUAGUGACAUACGUGAGAAAAGGGAAAAAAUCAAAGAGAUGAUGAAACAUGCCUGGAAUAAUUAUAGGCUGUAUGGAUGGGGCCAUAAUGAACUUAGACCUAUUGCGAGGAAAGGUCACUCCACUAAUAUAUUUGGGAGUUCCCAAAUGGGUGCUACCAUAGUAGAUGCUUUGGAUACCCUGUAUAUUAUGGGUCUUCAUGAAGAAUUCCAAGAUGGGCAAAAAUGGAUUAAGGACAACCUUGAUUUUAGUGUGAAUUCAGAAGUGUCUGUGUUUGAAGUCAACAUCCGAUUUAUUGGAGGCCUACUAGCAGCAUUUUAUCUUUCGGGAGAGGAGAUAUUCAAGAUUAAAGCAGUCCAACUUGCUGAGAAACUCCUUCCUGCCUUUAACACACCUACUGGAAUUCCCUGGGCUAUGGUCAAUUUAAAAAGUGGAGUCGGACGAAACUGGGGCUGGGCAUCUGCAGGGAGUAGCAUUCUUGCUGAAUUUGGAACACUGCACAUGGAGUUUGUCCAUCUCAGCUACUUGACGGGGGACCCUGUUUACUAUCAAAAGGUGAUGCACAUUCGAAAACUGCUUCAGAAAAUGGAUCGUCCAAAUGGUCUCUAUCCAAAUUAUUUGAACCCAAGAACUGGCCGGUGGGGUCAGUAUCAUACGUCUGUUGGUGGGCUAGGAGAUAGUUUUUAUGAAUACUUACUGAAAGCAUGGUUGAUGUCAGAUAAAACAGAUCAUGAUGCAAGACGGAUGUAUGAUGAAGCUAUUGAGGCAAUAGAGAAACAUCUUAUUAAGAAGUCCCGUGGAGGUCUUACCUAUAUUGGAGAAUGGAAGAAUGGACACUUGGAAAAGAAGAUGGGGCAUUUAGCCUGCUUUGCUGGGGGAAUGUUUGCAUUAGGAGCAGAUGGUUCCCAAAUGGAUAAAGCCGGUCAUUAUUUAGAGCUAGGGGCGGAAAUUGCCCACACAUGUCAUGAGUCAUAUGACAGAACUGUAUUAAAACUAGGUCCUGAGUCAUUCAAGUUUGACGGCGCAGUAGAAGCUGUGGCAGUCCGGCAGAAUGAAAAGUAUUACAUCCUCCGUCCAGAAGUCAUUGAAACCUAUUGGUAUCUGUGGCGAUUCACUCACGAUCCGAGAUACAGGCAGUGGGGCUGGGAAGCAGCACUGGCUAUUGAGAAGUAUUGUCGAGUCAGUAGUGGAUUUUCCGGGGUGAAGGAUGUGUAUUCUUCUACUCCAGCACAUGAUGAUGUUCAGCAAAGCUUCUUUCUUGCUGAAACAUUAAAAUAUUUAUAUCUGCUAUUCUCUGGUGAUGACCUUUUACCUUUAGACCACUGGGUGUUUAAUACGGAGGCUCAUCCUCUACCUGUGUUACAUUUAGCCAAUGCCACACUUUCAGGAAAUCCUGCUGUUCGAUGAAAGCAGCUCCAGAAAGACCAUUGUCACCUGUGUUUUGUUUACAUGGACUACUACAGAAAUCAGUCUGGAGAAGGACCUUUUUGAAAACCUGGACCUCUUAAGUCAACAUGGCAGGUGAAACAUGACUCUUCCCUGCAGAACUUUUCCACUUGUAGAUGUUUCAACUUUGAAAUGAUUCCAUUUUAUACCUGACCAAAAUAUAUGAUGGGAUGUGUAAGAAGGAGACCUGAUGUGACUCUUCGUGAAGGUUAAACAUGAAAAAUUAUGCCUAUUGCUAUCUUGUUUUUAGAGGUCUGGAUGCUAGACUUCCUAAGAAUAAACCAAGAACAUGGAGCAUCUUGCAGGAGAUGGCCUUUCUUCCAAAGUGGAGCAGCUUUCAAAUUAAAUAUUUACACCUUGUGGGUCAGAGAGUAUGGAGGUUAGGGUACUUGACUUGUGUGCAGCCAGCCCUGCUCAAUCCAUGGCACCACAUGUGGUUCCUAAACCCCACCAGGAGUAAUCCCUGUGCACUGCUAGGGGUGGCCCUAGUUUACACAUUGUUGAUUUUUUUUUCUCCAUUUUUAAUAGUGGAGUGAAUAAAAAUAAAGAGAAAAAGACAGUAUAACUGCAUCAGCAGCAAGACGACUCAGAAAAUUAAUGAAAAUAUCUAUCCAUGUUUGAAUAUUUCCCAUUGGAUGACCAGACUGGCAACCAUUUCAAAUCCUAAUCUACUUCAUUGUAAUUCUUGGUUAAAUUUAAUUUUUUUCUGGGGCAUGAUCUGAUCAUUAAAAAAAAAAAUCCUCUUCCAGCCCUUGUCUAAAUAUUGAAUCGUUGAAACUGUUGUUAUUAUAAUCCCUGCCUAGGAGCCUACGUUUGGAACUUUGCAUGUUGUUCAGUCUAGUGUUGGUAGCAUGACAAAAAAGUGGGGGAAAUGCCAGUUUGUUGCCUUGAAAACUAUUCAAAGAGAAAACCUUGGUGUUGCUGGUAGGAGAUUAUUUAUUUUAACCAGCAAAUCUACCAAGUUAAUUUUACCCACUUUAACCUCAUUAUAAAUCCAAUAAAAUCCUUCAUUGUAACUUUAUUUAAGUGGCUUAGCAAAAUUCAUUCUACUAUUAUACAGCUCUGAAUUAACCUUGAUGGACUAAAUUAUUUUUUAUAACUUAUUAAAGUGAAAAACAAAGUACAGUGAAAUUUAUGAAUAUCCUACCUGGAAUGGAAACAGGGGAUCCUUUAUUAUCAUCAGAUGAAUGAGCUUUUCACAAAUAUUUUAUGUAAAAAAAUAAAUUCUGCUGUUAUUUUCUCCAGGGAUAUUUAUAGAAAUACAAAUAACCAGAAUGGUUCAGAAUAAUUUUUCAAGAUAGAAGUGUGGUGUGAUAUAUUACACUAAAUUUGAGGCUUUCUCUUGUCAAUAGAUUUUACAAUUGUAUUUCUUUUUAAAUAAAUUGCUAUUUCUUUAUA